AUCAAGACCGACCCGGUCAAUUCGACCCCGCCUCCGCCUCCACGACCACAGAAUAUACCUCGUCCUUGCCCCUCCCCCGUGUCCAGUUAAUCCCGUUAAACGACUCAUACGAUCUCCUUUCCCUCCCUCUCCCACUUUAUUUUUGUAAAAAAGACGAGAGGAAUAAUCAUACGGGGGAAGGCCCAAAGAUGUCAAGUAGUACCCCACCACAACCCGCGCCAGCAGCGGCGACGGCGGCGAUGGAGACCAGAGAUCCUGCAGCAACAACAUCCUCGACGACAACGACGACGACGACAACAACAACAACAACAACAACAACAAUUACUCCUACUACAACUACAACGAUACCGGCAGCCACUGCGACACCAGGAACAACAACGACAACAAAAACGGCACGAAACAGAGCCGACAUCACCCCGCUCCCGCCCUUCCAACCCGACCUCUACCAGCGCGCCUGGUGCUCGGUCCCGCACCCGACCCUGCCGCUGCUGGCCACGGCGCACGCAAAGUCCGUCACCGUCUUCUCGCUCGCCACCUUGUCCAAGCACAGCGCCCUGACGGGCGGCCACGCCCGCUCCGUGCGCGCCGUCGCCUGGCAGCCUCCCCGCGGCCGCGCGGCCCCCAAGCGGCUCGGCCUGGUGACGGGGAGCUUCGACGCCACCGCGGGCCUGUGGAGCUACGACGCCGAGCGGGGCAGCGGCGGGCUGGAGAGGGAGAUCAAGCUGCGCGGGGAGGAUGAUGAUAACAAUGACGACGACGAGGAGGAGGAGGAGGGGGAUGGGGGGGACAAGGAAGAGUGGGAGUUCAACCUGGUGCUGGAGGGCCACGAGAACGAGAUCAAGUCGAUCGCCUUCUCACCCGGCGGGCAGUACCUGGCGACGUCGAGCCGGGACAAAUCGGUGUGGAUCUGGGAGGACGUGUCGGGGGGGGAGGACGAGGAAGAAGACGAGUGGGAGACGGUGGCGGUGCUGAACGAGCACGACGGCGACGUCAAGGCGGUCGCCUGGGCGCCCUCCCACCUGCCCAACGCCCGCGCCGGCGUCCGCCGCCGCCACUACAGCGCCGACGUGCUCGCCAGCGCCAGCUACGACAACACGGUCCGCAUAUGGAGGGAGGACGCCGACGGCGAGUGGGUCUGCGUCGCCGUGCUCGAGGGCCACGACGGCACCGUCUGGGGCCUGCAGUGGGAGGGCAAGGAGAGGGCCGACGGCCGCUUCCCCAGGCUGAUGACCUUCUCCGCGGACGGCCUGAUCAAGGUGUGGACGCUGCGGGCGGACGACGAGGAGGAGGAGGAGGCUGGUGAGCAGCAAGGAGGAAACCCCUUCAAGUCCGGCUUCGGCGGCGUGCCCAACACCAUGCGCCGGUCGCUCAGGGAGGAGUGGGACUGCACGGCCGUGCUGCCCAAGGUGCACACGCGGGAUGUCUACUCGGUAUCGUGGAGCGCCGAGACGGGGUUGGUGGCGAGCACGGGAAGCGACGGGGUGAUUGCGGUGUACGCCGAGGCGGAGGAGGAGGAGACCACACCCUCGGAGGACGUUGGCAAAGGAGGAGGAGGAGGAGCCAGGAAUAAUGGUACCCCGGCGCCCAAGAGCAAUUGGAAAGUCUUGGGCACCGUCUCGAAAGCCCACGGCCCGUACGAGAUCAACCAUAUCACAUGGUGCAAGCGGUUCGAUCCGGGGGCGGAGUGCAAGGGCAAGGAGGAGAUGCUCGUCACGACCGGCGACGAUGGCGUCGUCCGGCCGUGGCAGGUUAGGAUAUCAUGAUUGGCAUAAGCCCAAAUCAAUCAAAGGGACAGAACAAACAAGAGGAUAAGGCGUACCGGCGGUCUUCCAUUAGGCAUGGUGUCGAGAGAUCUCUGUCUGUCUGCUGACUCCCGCCUGCUUCUUCCGUCAUCUUUCGUGGCUUGGGUUUCUGGCCGAGACACCCUUAGAACUGGUAGUAGCACGGGAGAAGGCAUAUUGUCGAAUCACAUUUUGGCGCUGCACAAGAACCACCGGAUUCCAUUACCUUAAAACGCAGGUCAUCGCUCUUUUAUCAUUCAACAGUUUCUGGAUUUUUUGGUACAUAAAGAUGCAGCAUCUCUUAGCUAGACGGAUCAACCGUGGCCCGGAAAACACAUCCCCUUAAAUCUAGAGCCCAGACCACGAG